CAUAUGAAGUUGCAGGGGUCUUGGAAUAUAAAAGCUUCUGCGCCAUCUGCUCUGAGACAGGAGCUCCUGCAGGAUGCCUGGAAACAUCAGAUCAGUGUCUUUUGUGUGGGUGGUGUUGGUCUGUCUGUUGUACUGCAGCAGACUGACCAGCGUGGGUGCAGCACCCAUCUGUACCAAUGGCCAAACUGGGUGCCACGUCCUCUCCCUCGCUAACCUGUUCGACCGGGUCAUCCAACACUCAGCCAGGAUGCACGGCAUAUCAAGUGACCUUCACUCCGAGUUCGAGCAGUACUUCCUGCCCAGUAAGAAUCAAAUUGGCCGGGUCGGUCGCAGCUGUCACACCUCCACCAUCCUCACCCCAAAUGGCAAAGAGAACGCUCAGAGAAUGGCGAGAGAGGAGCUGACGGAGGUGAUUCUGAAGCUUCUGGUGGCAUGGAGGGAUCCUCUGUGGCAUUUCCAUCAGAGCAUGGCUCACCACCAUGACUUCAACAACUUCAGCUCCAACAAAGCUCUCGAGAUGAAUGACAUGGUGCACGAGCUACGCAAAGGUGUAGAGAAAGUGGCUGAGAAGAUGCAGGUGCUGGGGAUAAUAAGUAACUCCGUCAGCAGCCUGGCUUCGCCCGAGGUGUCUUUGUCAUCGGACAGUGCCGAUAAGCGCCUGAUGAAAGACUAUGACCUCCUCUACUGCUUCCGCCGAGACUCCAAUAAGGUCCAGAACUACCUGAAGAUCCUCAAGUGUCGCAUCGUUCCCGAUCACGGAUGCUAAAGGCCAGAAGGCGACGGAGGCUGCGUUUAACUUCCGGAUACAUCAACGCGUUGGAAUGGAGAUGCUUGUGUUUUUUAUCUGCAGGAUGUUAACUGAUUUGCGCUUAUGUUUACUCCCAUCAUGGAACCUAAAGACUCUGCCCAUCCCCCCCCCCCCCCAACAUCAUGCCUGAUAUUAUAGAGUGUGAGUUGAGUAUGGAAUGGGUGUAAUGAAUGUUAUGAUACACUCCUGUAUACCAUUCAUAAAUAUAAUAAUGCUAUAUAAAACAUUUCAAGGAAUUUAUUUUGUCAUUUCCACAGAGACACUGGGAAAGAUGUCCACGCUUACACUGCGGUUACAACCUGAGGCA